AUGAUGAGGCUGGGAUCCAAGAUGAAAGACAUUGGAACCCAGGACCUCUCCUCUGCUGCCCCAACUACUACCACAGCUGCUCAAACCACAACCACUGCUGCUCCAACCACAACCACAGCUGCUCCCACAACAACCGACAUUACUCCCACAACAACCACAGCUGCUACCACAGCUGCUGCAACCACUGCUGCUCCAACAACAACCACAGCUGUUCCCAAAACAAGCACAACUGCUCCAACCACAACAACAACUGUUCCCAAAACAACUACAGCUGCUCCAACCACAACCACAUCUUUUCCUAAAACAACCAUAGCUGCUCCCAAAACAACCACAGAUGCUCCAACCACAACCACAGCUGCUCCCAAAACAACCACAGCUGCUCCAACAACAACCACAGCUGCCCCAACCACAACCACUGCUGCUCCACCAACCACUGCUACUCCAACAACAACAACAGCUGCUCCCAAAACAACCACAACUGCUCCCACAACAACCACACUUGGGAACAUUUUCAAAAACAAAUUCCAUUCAUUCAAGUAUUUUGGAUCAUUUUCCUUUGGGAAAGGGUCAGUCAUCAACAAUGUGAACCUUGAAUUUGAAUCCUCAUCUGUUCCUACUGAAAAUGAAAUUAUUGAUGUUUUGAUGGAGGCAGACUCAAACAUCACAGAAUUUAACAUCGUCACAGCUUCCGUAGAUGGAAUAACUGCUCCAUCCACAACCACAGCAGCCCCAACUACAACUACAGCUGCUCCAACAACAACCACAGCUGCCGCCACAACAACC